CAAAAAAGUAUACGUGUGAGAAAUGCGAAAGAAGGAAGAAGAACCCUAAAGAAAGUAAAGGAGCAGCGAUGAAAUCGGUUAGGCGAAAUCUGCGGAAUGGAGCUGUCGAUACUGUUUUUGGAACUCCGCGUCGAUGUUCCUCGUCAAAACUCUUAUCUCCUUCAGAUCGUUUCCGGUUUUUAUAAAUCAGAUCAAAAAACCCUUUAAUUUGGGUUUGAGAGAGUCCCGUGUUAAUCUUCCAUUAUCUCCGACUUGGGUUUUCGCUUUAAUCGGAUAAAGUCUAAACCUUUCUCGCAAACGAUGGAAGAUAAACCUCUGGGGAUUCUUAGGGUUCAUGUCAAAAGAGGGAUCAAUCUCGCCAUUCGCGAUUCCACCAGCAGUGAUCCUUAUGUUGUUGUCACGCUGGGCAAUCAGAAACUGAAGACGCGUGUGAUCAAUAGUAAUUGUAAUCCAGUGUGGAACGAACAACUGACCCUUUCCAUCAAAGAUGUGAAUGACCCUAUCCGUCUGACAGUGUAUGAUAAAGACAGAUUCUCGGGAGAUGACAAAAUGGGUGAUGCGGAAAUAGACAUGAGGACUUUCUUAGAAGCGCAUCAGAUGGAGUUAGAUUUUCAAAAACUCCCAAAUGGUUGUGCGAUCAAGAGGAUCCGUCCAGGGAGGACCAACUGUUUGGCUGAAGAGAGCAGCAUCACCUGGAGCAAUGGGAAGAUCAAACAAGACAUGAUUCUUAGACUUAGGAACGUGGAGUGUGGGGAACUGGAGAUUAUGCUUGAGUGGACUGAUGGUCCUGGCUGCAAGGGUCUUGGACGCGAAGGAUCUAAGAAGACACCAUGGAUGCCAACUAAACGAUUGGACUAAAGUGCAGAAAUGUUGAAGAGAGAUUGUGCAUGGAAAGACGAGUUUGUCUUUUCGUCUCUUUUGAUUAUUAUGACAGAAGACUCUGCUUUGUGUCUUUAGUUGUACAAGUCGAAUACUCGAACCCAACCCUUAAUAUAUAUAUAUUUGUAUCUGUUUC